AUGGACGCUCGCAGGGGUCGCGGGGGUCGCGGGCGUGGGGGUCGCGCGAGAGGCAAGCGAGGCGGCGAUUCUGUCGCAGGCGACGCAUUUCCUGCUCCUCCCAAGGCUCGCAGUCGUAAGUUCGAUUUGGCUGAUUUGGUGCGGGAGUCCCUUGAAACGAAGCAGCUUAAAGCGCAAUGGGCAGCAGCUGCUGCUGCUAGGAAGGCAGAGGAAGAGGAGAAAAGGGCUAAAGAAGCUGAGCUGAGGGGUCAAGAGGAGGAAAUGGAAGGGGAAAGGGAGGAGGGGAAAAGAGAGGGGGCAGAGGGGGGAGGGGAGGAGGAAGGGAAGGGAAGGAAGAGAAAAUUGGAGGGGAGGAACGAGGGUAACGAGGAGGAGAGGGAGACGGCUGAGGAUGGCGGGAGAGGAAGAGGGAGAGGGGGAGGGAGCGUGAGAGGCAGAGGGAAGGGAAAGGAUGCUCCUGCUGCUGCUGUUACAGCAAGCACCGCGAUUGGCGCCAGGAGAAGAGGGAGGAGCGCCACUGUGAGGGCUGCAGCUGAAGGGGGUUUAUGCAGAGAGGGGAGGAGCAGAGGGGAGAGACGGCGUGAAUGCGGUUGA